AUGACUGCAGCAAUAGACUCCAGUAACAUCUUCCGCGUCGACGGCAUCGUAGCCGUCAUCACCGGCGGCGGCAGUGGCAUCGGCCUGAUCAUGACGCGUGCCCUAGCCGCCAACGGCGCCCACAAAGUCUACAUCCUCGGCCGCCGGCAGGAUGUGCUCGAGCAAGCGGCGGCCGAAUUUCCGGACGUGGUGAUCGCGCACCAAGCGGACGUGACCUCGAAGGCCGACCUGCAAGCAGCCGUCGACCGCAUCACGAAAGAAGUAGGCUACGUGAACCUGGUGGUCGCCAACUCCGGCAGCAUCGGGCCGGCCGUGCGCUUCAACCCGUCGGCAACGCUGUCGGAGCUGCGCCAGACCCUGUUCACUGACUUCGCCAUGGAGGACAUGACCGACACCCUGCACCUGAACAUCACCGCCGCCUUUUUCACCAUGACCGCCUUCCUCGAGCUGCUGGCCGCCGGCGCGCAGCAUGCCCUGCGCGGCGACGGGUUCGGCAAGCCCGCUCGUCCGGGGUCGGAUGUGCCCUCCAUCCAGAGCCAGGUCAUCUUCACCACCAGUGUCUCCGCCUUCAGUCGCCACUGGUCCUCCUCGCCUCCCUACACGACUAGCAAGGUUGCCAUCAUGCACGUCACCAAGCAUGCAAGCACUCAGCUCGCCCGCUUUGGGAUACGCGUGAAUGCUAUCGCCCCUGGCAUCUACCCGUCGGAGUUGGCCUCGGUUUUGACCCAAAAUCGUAAGCCAGAGGAGGAGGCCCCCGAGGACCCGCGCUUUAUCCCCGCCCGCCGGUUUGGCGGCGACGAGGAAAUGGCCGGCGCGAUCUUGUAUCUGGCUAGUCGGGCGGGCAGCUACUCGAAUGGAUCAAUUCUUGUGACUGACGGGGGUCGCCUAUCGGUUAUUCCCGCUACUUAUUAG